ACCCGGAAGAGCCGCCGACUCGAGCGCAACAGGCGGCCGAGCGGGGCUGCGCGGCGCCGACCGGGCCCGAGAUGGACAAGCUGAAGAAGGUGCUCAGCGGCCAGGACACCGAGGACCGGGGCGGCCUGGCCGAGGUCGUCGAGGCAUCUUCGUUAAGCUGGGGCACCAGAAUAAAAGGCUUCAUUGCGUGUUUUGCUGCAGGAAUUGUCUGCUCACUGCUGGGAACUCUUCUGCUCUGGGUCCCCAGAAAGGGACUGUACCUCUUCGCGGUGUUUUACACCUUUGGUAACAUCGCAUCGAUUGGGAGCACCGUCUUCCUCAUGGGGCCCGUGAAACAGCUGAAGCGAAUGUUCGAGCCGACGCGCCUGAUUGCGACUGUCAUGGUGCUGCUGUGUUUUACACUCACCCUGUGUUCUGCCUUCUGGUGGCAUAACAAGGGGCUCGCUCUCAUCUUCUGCAUUUUGCAGUCCUUGGCCCUGACGUGGUAUAGCCUUUCCUUCAUUCCGUAUGCAAGGGAUGCCGUGAAGAAGUGUUUUGCUGUGUGUCUUGCAUAACCCACGGUCCGUUUUUGCAAAGCUUUGGAAGAAGGCACCAUGCCCGGAAGCUGGUGGACGGUUUUGUAAAUACCUUCUAAACCUCUUGCAGACACGUGCCUUUUCUCUCGCAGCCGCGUGUUGCUUGUGAGCCGAACAUUGGAGGGCUGCUUUUGGAGGCAGUGUUGGUUUCGCAGACCCAAACGUCUAUAGCACGGUGUGAGAGAUGGGUUCUGGAUCUUAGGGAGUAGAAUAUUCCUCAUGCACCUGUUUCCCCUUUGGACGGUGUUCCCCUGGAGUCUCACAAAUAAAAACCUCGUUAAGCAGCAGCAGAUAAGCCUUGGGGAGCCCGUGAUCCCCAGGGGAUGACAGGCAGCGCCAUCAGAGAAGGCAGGGGUGUGACAAUAAGGGACAGAGUUUGGGGGUCAACAGGGACUUGGUAGACUUGCCCUCAGCGUGGAGACCAUUCCCCCCCCUCCCGCCGCCGCCGCCACCUCACACAGUGUGGACGUGCUUCUGGUCUGGGGUCUGGGAACCAGUGGUUCUCUGCGGUGACCUCUGUAUACAAACCCGUGGAAGGCCUGGUCGUGGAGUGACCUGGAAAAGGAGCGCUUUUUGGUGACACGUGUUGUUUUCAAAUCUGAACGUCAGCCUUCUUGGUCUUCUGAUUCCACACCUGACGAUGAUAUUUCAGUGCACACUCUUUUUCUCUUGAGGUUUCCUUUCUCCCCCUUACCCCACCCCCCAAUCUUUCCUCGUGACCUCUUAGAACUAGACUGGGGACAGAGCCGCGACAGAACACACACAGUUUGCUUUUGCACAAGAGCUGACAGGAGGUGAAAAAUCUCGCUGCUCCCUACUGUAUUUUUUGGGUUUUUUUUCCAUUAUCUAUAAAUGUUGCUUUUAAACUGAUCCCAUUUUCCAUUCUGCCCUGGAAUGGGGCCAGGGGUGAGUGGGUGGGAAGACAGAGCCCCACUGUGGGGCCCGCAGGAAGGAGGCACGCCUGCCCAGUGACCUUUAAACAAGUGCCAGUGUUUGCACUCGAGCCCCAGGCGCAGACACCGGGGCGGGACGCCGUGGACCGUCGGGUGGUUCCGUUGCUAGCCCCGUCUACACACAGGGUGCAUUGUCCCCUGGGCUUCGUCUGGUCCUCACGAGAGCCUGGUGACAAGGAGGUGAUGGUUCUGUCACUGGGCAGUCCAGGAAAGCAGGCUCAGAGAGGUUAGCAGAUUUCCCUAAAGCCACAGCCCGUGGCAGAACUGGGCCCGGAGCCUGGGUGCCCCAGCUCCAGUCUCCUCCACGACCCCGCGUUUCCCAGUGUGGCUCUGGAGGUGCCUCCUCUAACUGUUUUGCCUGUUCUGUUUUCACCAGCCAAGCCCGUGCCUUUUCCGGUCCCGUUCUCUUUACGUCACUGCACUGUCUCCUGCCCAGCCUCCCUUUGGGGAAGCUUCCUUCUGGAUCCGUAGGAUCUCCGUUGUUCCUUUGUGUGCCCUUUCAGCUCCUCCUCGCUGCCUGACCAUCAUAAAUACCCUGCCUUGAUGGCCAGAGUUCUUGGCAUUGCAGGGCCUCUAAAGCAAGCCCACAAGUGAAGUGUCUUCGGGGUCGCCUUUCUGUUCUCUACCCAGGUCUGGCUAGCCCACUCGGGUUCUGGCUCCGGGACCUCCAAACCAGAGGCUGUGAUGUCCACUCGUGGUCUUCUUGCUUGUGGCCAAUUGCUAAAUUCGUUCUCCUGUUGCAGCUGAGAAGCUGAGACCUCGGAGCUGCUAGCGUUUUCCUCCGAGCUGCGAGGUAUGAGCUGGCCCGACAGGGCCAGAGUGAGGGAGCCAGUCUUACCCAGUCCUCUCUAGGCUGUGGAGGGCACCCUGUUUUAUCCCAGGGUCCCUAACCUGCCUUCAGCCAGAAAGGGAAGUUAUGUGCUACCUUCUGGCUUUUGUGGAGCCCUUUCACGCCUGCGGCGGCUCCAGGAGGUCCCUCAGAUCUCAGAAGUGCUCCAAGAAGGGGCCCAGAAGAGGUCAGGGCUCCCUCUCUUCGGAGCUGAUGUGAGGCUAGCCUGUCUCUACGGGCUCCAACCAGCCUGGAGUAACUGAAAGGCUGAUCCCUGUGACCCUUUUCAAUGUCUGGACUGGACUUCGUGGGACACGAGGUCGAGACACCCUUUGAGAUGUCACCAGGGCUGUGUAGCUUGGUGGUAACGGAUGUGGGCUUUAACGGCCAACGGGUCUGUGUGUGUCGUGACUCAGUCACGUGCUGGUGUCAGGUUGAACAAGUUACUUGAGCUCCGUUCCUCACUUUGCUUAUCUGUUUAGAAACAAAGGAGAUAACAGUUCCCGCUGGAUCUUGGUAGUACAUCAGUGAGCUGUGUAUCAGGUGCUUAGCCCAGGGCCCAGGAUAGGUACAGGAUAUCUCUGUGAAAGGAAGGUAUUAUUACUUAAGUCCCAGAGAUAACAGGUGACCUUUGAAGGGGACGGGAUGAAUGUCCCUGACGGCUAACUUAUCUAAAAAAAUAUUUAUCUAGCAUUAUGUCUAGCACAGUAGACGUGGCCAUGCAUUGUCUCCUGUAAUAUUCGCAGUGACUUUGCAGGCUGGUGGCCCUGUUUCCGGCACCGAAGAGAAGGAAUAGCCUCAGGGCAGUGGUCCCUCCAGGUCUCACCAGUAGAGGGCGCGGGUUCUUGCGUUAAAGCACCUGCUAUGCCCUAACGUGUGGCCUGCGACCGGUUGGCGCGCACACAGCUCCGUCUGGACAGUGUCGGCAGCUUUUGGAUGAUCCCGUCUUUCAGAAUCUUCCAGACUCCUGCAUUUCCCUUCUGCCACCUCCCCCUUUGGUUUUCCCUACUUGUUUCUGCCCACUGCACUGUGGGAGGAAGAAAUCCAUGUCAGAUCCGCUGAAAUCUGUAACCAGGCAACAGUUCUGGUUGUAAGCACCCUCUUUGGGGGGGGCGAGUGGGGAAUUAGAGUUCAGACCCCAUGGCCGGCAGGCUGGCGGCCGUCUUGGCUUCCCUGCCUGCCGUCCUGCCUGUUCACUGCUGGGGGAAGCAGAGGUCGUUGCAUUUUUGGAACGAAGGGAACCAUUGAGGCCACUUUUUUUGCACCUGGGAAGUAUGGUCCCCAAGGGGGUGCCUCCAGCUGCAUGGGAGCAGUGCCCCCAGUGCCCUUACCUCUGCUCCCCAAGGCUGGACAGCCGUCCCCCCACCCUCGGAGCCUGCCGUUGGACCCCCUGCCGCCCGUCUCACCACCUAGGAGGUUUCCCUUCUGCCCACCGACAGUGCUCAGAGGCAGCUCUGGCUGCCAGAUGGUGUGUGUGGCCGUGCCCCGCCCUGGCCACUGCUGCCCGGGCCCGGCUGGCUGUUCCCUGGGAAAGUGGGACACCGUCCCCACCUGGGCAUUUCCACUGGGCUGCUGAUCUCAGUGCUCAGAGCCUCUCUCCCUCAUUGUUGUAUGGGGACUUCGUGGGGUAUCCCUCUGAGGGUCCCCUCCCUCCCGCCCCAAUCAGGGUGCGCUCAGGGAGCAGGAAAUCAAACCAUGAGAUGCAUCUAAAUCAAUUACUUUGGAUACUUCCAUUAGAAAAGGUGAGGAAGAAGUAAGGCACACCCUGGGAACAGGGUGUGGGAGAUACUGGUUUGGCCGCUUCUGCUUUUGAGAGCUCCAGGAGCGUGACAGGUGUGGCCGUGUGUCCCUUGGGGGACUGAGUUAGGAAACUGAACUCAGCCCUCGGGUUCCCGUGGCUGUGGGUUCCCUUUUCCGUGGGGCAGCCCACACCGGGGCUGGCUACCUCACCUCUUCCCUCCGACAACACCCAACCAGAGUCAGCUGCGGGAUUACAAAUUAGUUACAAGUUUACAACCCGUCCUGGACCUCGUUUUCAGCAAAUGAAAUGCUCAUUUUCAUUUUCAGCCAAUGAAGAAAACCCAUGUUUGUAGAUUUUUGGCAUAGUUUUCUUGAUUUUUAAAAUCUAAAAAAUGUUUUGGAUGUUUUAAGAUGUCCUGUAGUUUUUCUCAGAUAACAGUUUAUAAAAAGCUAACAGACCUACAUCUGAAGUUAAAUACAGAUUUAUAUCUGAAACUCUUGAUAGGAUAUUAACAAAAGAAUGUAGGAUGUUUGACUUUUUGGAAAUUCUUAUUGAAAAACUUGGGAGAUUAAAUCGCGUGCCUUUAAAUCACGUACCUUCUAAGUCACAGUUCAUGAAUUUUAUGAAAUUCUGAGAUCUGGGGCAUUUUUAGUCGAGUAAAAGGUGUUUUGUGGUUUAUUUGAGCCCGGUUCCUUCAGGGUAGGCUGUGUAGUCCCGUCUGGGCCGUUUCCAGUUCUAUCACAGGCCACCCUGCGAGUCCCUGCUACACCAGGCUUUGUUCUUGGUCGCUCAGGGAUUCGUGGUGCAGAAAGGCCUCACGAAGCUCAAAAACUCAUACUGGCAGGGAUCUGACCCUAAAGCUUGUGGGCAGAGCCUGGUGAGGCAGAAGGGAGCCGCGGGGCCCUUGUUCAAUGCACACCGACCAAAUACAAUUCCAUUCUUCCUAGCAGGAGCUGAUAGGCUGAUGAUGGGCUGAGAAGUGCACAAAACAUUUUCUGUGGACGGGAUGAGCUGAAAGCAGGCAAGAAGAGCGAGUUCACUAGGCAGGUGAUAGGUAGUCCUCUAGGACCAGAUGCGGCUAUUUGAAAUGAAAAGUCAGUCCACAGCAUUGUCGUAAACAGCUGAUGCUGAUGUGUGUAUUUACCACAAGGUAACCAAAAAACCUUCACGGACAAACAUUCCCCGAUUAAGGGGGCUGCCUGGCCUCAACAUCCUUGUGAGGUAUCCUUGAAGACCAAAUAAAGACGUAUCUGGGCAGAGUGUUGUCCUCUGUCUGUUGAACUUCCGUACUGCAGCUAGUGAGCCUUUACUUGUAAGUACAAGUGAAUCUUGGCAUUUGUUGGACACCCUAAAGGAGAAGUCUAGUUGACUUUCAGUUUCGUGGUCCUUCUGCUGUGAAGAGUGUUUGUCUUGCCUUUUUCAAUGUUUGCUUGACUUUGCCACUUUGAACAAGGAAAGGAAAAAUGUUAAAUCCUCCCAGCUCUGAUCUUUUGUGGCUUUUGUAAAUUCUGAUUGUGAAGCUGGGGAUAAAGAUGUUCAAAGCCCGUGGAUAAUUUACAUGCCUUCAGAACAUUGUGCCUGUUGUAAUACCAUGAGCUUUUAAAACACUUUGUUAAAACAUGAAUCGAUUUUUGCAAUUGUAUAGAGAUAUUCAACUAAUUUUGAAUGCUGCUGAUUGCAUAACUGAGUUUUUUAAAUCCAAAAAUAUAUUCUUGUCUGCUACUUUUCCUACCUUGAGAUUCUGUUUCAUACAAGUGUUUCUUUUUUUUGCUAAUGCAUUUCAAAGGGAAAGAAUUUUGUGAACGAUGAAGCUGUUUUUUCCCCCAAAGCAUUAUAAAACUGUUCUUAAUUUUUCUUCUCUUGCUUUUUGUUUCCUUCUCCAAUAAAUGAUUGCAUUAUGGUCUUUAAUAAAUCUAAUACUGUCUCGUA